CAGACACCAAUAAUUUCGUGCACUAAUGUCCCGUUAAACAUUGACAAAACAAAGCAAUAAACCAAAGCAAAAAAACAAAAAACCCAGCUACAAAGAACAAGUGAAAAUUAAGCCAAGAGACCUCACAAGAACCUUGAUCUAUCAUCGAUCGUCGUGGAGAAAGAAUGGCAGGUGCUAGGAGAUUGGGCGUGGCCGUUGAUUUCUCACCAUACAGCAUCGAAGCACUCCAAUGGACGGUGGAUAACGUCGUUAAAGAAGGGGACCACCUUAUCCUUGUCACCGUUCGCCCCGAAGGGUGGAACUACGAGGACGGCGAGAUCCAGCUCUGGAAAGAUCAAGGCUCACCUCUCAUACCUCUGGCUGAGUUCUCUGACCCUGCAGUCAUGAAGAGGUACGGAGUGAAACCCGAUCCCCAAACAAUUGAUAUUGUCUCGGAGGCUGCGAAGCAAAAAGAUAUUGUGGUGGUAAUAAAGAUAUAUUGGGGAGAUGCUCGUGAGAAGUUAUGCGAAGCAAUUGAUCACGUUCCUCUAGAUUACCUUACUGUGGGGAACAGAGGCCUUGGCAAGAUCAAAAGGGCCAUUAUGGGCAGCGUCAGCAACUAUGUGGUGAAUAAUGCCACGUGUCCUGUUACUGUGGUGAAGCACGCAGAACACCAACACUAAUUAUUAGAGCAUCUACGAUGGAAGUUGCUUACAAACAAUCAUUGUGCCACAUCACUGCCAAAUCAGCUCUAGCCCACUUUAUGGAUUGUUUAAUUUGAUAAGGAAUAAAUUAAAGUUGUUGUUCCUAGUCAAUUGUUUAUCACUUUGGUUGCUUGCAUUGUCUGUAUUCUUCCUGUUUAUGAAAUAAGUGUUCAAUAACUUUUGGAGCAACCACAUAGCGACGAAGAAUUGGAGGAAUAUGUCCACGACUUUAAAUUUAAAUUUUAGUGCUAUUUUUGUAACUUUGAAUGAGAAAAAAAGUUUCGAUAA